CCUCAGCAGAAAGUGGAAUAUCUCAAAACAUGACUGAUCUACUUGCUUUGCAAGAGUUGAAGAGCCAGAUAUCUGGUGAUCCAAAUGGAGUUCUGAACUCGUGGAACCAUUCCAAGCACCAUUGCCAAUGGCAAGGAGUCACAUGUGAUAAGCGACAUCAGAGGGUCACAGCCUUAACUCUGUCAGGUAUGGGCUUGUCUGGUACCAUAUCUCCUCAUAUAGGUAAUCUUAGCUUCAUGAAAUCUAUCCAUCUUGGAGAAAAUAAAUUUCAUGGUGGGAUUCCCCAAGAAGUCGGUCUCCUGUUCCGUCUAAGAUUUCUUAACAUGUCCAAUAACAACUUAAAAGGAGAAAUUCCGGUUAACUUGAGCUGGUGCUCAGAGCUCAGAGUCGUAGACUUGAUAUCAAACCAGCUGGAAGGAAAAGUGCCAAAUGAGCUUGGGUCUUUGAAGAAGCUUGUGGCCCUUUACCUUAAUGAAAAUAAUUUGACAGGUGAGAUUCCUCGGUCGCUUGGAAAUGCAUCUUCAAUGACAGAACUUGCUCUCGCAUACAAUCACUUGAAUGGGAAUUUGCCAAAGGAGUUAGGCUUGCUUAAAAGCUUAUCAUGGAUUAUAGUCGGGGUAAAUGGCUUGGUUGGUGACAUCCCUUCCUCUGUUUUUAACAUAUCUACCCUGACAUCCUUUGUAGCAGUGGAAAAUAUGCUCCACGGAAUGCUACCAGCCAACAUAGGCCUUACCUUACCAAAUCUGGAAGAGUUGGAACUCGGUGGAAACCAAUUCCAUGGCAAUAUUCCAACUUCUAUUACCAAUGCCUCCAAGCUUCAAUUCUUAGAUUUGUCCCAAAACAAAUUCGAGGGGCAAGUACCAACUAAUCUAGGAGAUUUACCAAAUCUUCUGGGGUUAAAUCUUGCAAUGAAUCUCCUAGGAAGUAACUCUGCUGGGGACUUGAGUUUUCUCCCAUCUUUGACCAACUGCAGCAGGUUACAUACACUUGACUUCCCUUUGAACCAUUUUGGAGGUGAAUUACCAAAGAACAUCGGUAAUCUCUCAUUGCAACUCACCUAUCUUCAUAUGGGAUAUAAUAAUAUCUCAGGAACUAUCCCUAAAGGAUUUGGAAAUCUUGUCAAUCUAAACAUAUUGAGCAUGACACAGAACUCCUUCACAGGAGGCAUUCCAGGUGAUUUUCCUAAAUUGCAAAAGUUGCAGGCCUUGGACCUAGCAGAAAACAAGUUGUCGGGACAAAUACUAUCCACACUCUGCAACAUUACCUCUCUAUACUAUGUUGGCUUAUCCAAAAAUAGCUUAGAAGGUAAUAUUACCCGUUUUCUUGAGAAUUGCAAAAAUCUAGGACAACUCUCCCUUUCCUGGAACAACUUCAAUGGCAGCAUAUCUGCACAUAUCUUUGGCUCAUACUUCUCACUAAUUAGUCUAGACUUGUCUCAUAACUCAUUGAUUGGUUCCUUGCCAUCUGAAGUAGGAAAAUUAAAAGGCCUCAAUGAACUUGACAUUUCCUACAACAAAUUACAUGGAGAAAUUCCAGGAACACUAGGUGAUUGUUCAAGCUUGGAGGAGCUUUACAUGCAAGGCAACUUUUUCCAAGGAACAAUUCCAAUGCAUUUGGCUUCUCUAAAGGGCAUCCAAAAAUUAGACCUUUCAAACAAUAACUUGACUGGACCGAUACCUCAAGGUCUAGAGAAACUUAUGUUUCUGAAAUAUCUAAACAUUUCUUUCAAUGAUCUUAACGGUGAGGUACCAACUGAAGGAGUUUUCAGGAAUGCAAGCCAAAUAUCAUUAGCUGGAAACAGGAAACUUUGUGGAGGAAUUCCCCAACUACGGUUACCACCAUGCAUCACCAAAAGAAAGAAGAAAAGCAGGCAUUUACUAAUCAUAGUUAUAUCUGUAUUUUCCCCAGUGGCUCUGAUUUCAAUGAUCUUGUUAGCAUAUAUUAUUGCAUAUAAUAAAAAAGCCAGAAGACAUGGGUCAUCAAGCAAGCCUUCUAUGGUUGACAAGCUCUUUAGAGUUUCUUAUCACGAACUUCACCGUGCAACAUCAGGAUUUUCUCCAGAGAACCUAAUCGGUUCAGGAAGUUUUGGACUUGUUUACAGAGGAAGGUUAUAUGAACAUGGAGACAGGCUUAUUGCUGUUAAAGUCCUUGACCUGCAAAAGAAUGGGGCUUCCAAAAGCUUCAAGGCAGAGUGCAAAGCAUUAAGAAACAUCCGCCAUCGAAAUCUACUCCCUAUCUUGAGCUACUGCUCCAGCAUUGAUUCCAAAGGUCUUGACUUCAAAGCUCUGGUCUAUGAGUUUAUGGGAAACGGAAAUCUUGACUUGUGGUUGCAUCCAGAGACAGCUGAAAUGAUGGGAUCAAGAAAUCUAAAUCUCCACGAGAGAUUAAAUAUUGCAAUUGAUGUUGCUUCUGCAUUGAAUUAUCUUCACUACCAAUGUGAGGUACCAAUUGUUCAUUGUGAUUUGAAACCAAGUAAUAUCCUUUUGGAUAAUAACCUUGUUGCUCAUGUGGGUGAUUUUGGACUAGCAAAGCUUCUUGCUUCAACCACUGAUAGUUCUUCAGUACAAGGAAGCAGCAGUGCUAUAGCAGUAAAAGGAUCCAUGGGAUACGUAGCUCCAGAGUAUGGAAUGGGACUUCAAGUAUCUACCCAAGGGGAUGUUUACAGUUACGGGAUUCUUUUGCUAGAGAUGUUUACAGGAAAGAGGCCAACUGAUGAUAUAUUUAUGGAUGGAUUGGACCUGCAUAAUUAUGUUAAAAUGGCCUUGCCUGAUCAAGUUCUUGAGGUUGCGGACCCAAUAUUACUUCUUUCAAAACAAGGAGAUGAAAUUGAAGAAGAGUCUGCACAAGUGGGAUUAGACAAUGAUGACAAGAAGAUGGAAUGCAUCACUUCAAUAUUGAAGAUUGGGGUCGAAUGUUCAGCAACAUCACCAAAUGAUCGCAUGCAUAUGGGGGAGACAGUCAGAAAAUUACAUCGCAUUAGAGAUGGCUUUCUUGGUGCUAAUCAAAUAAACAAAGCAAAUCUCGAUAUUUGACAGUUUCAUGAUAGUUGAAUGAUUCAGAUAUCAAACUAAAAUUUCUGCUGAGGAGAGGAACAGAUUGAAGAGACAUUUAAUACUUGUAAGCUGAGGUGAUCGGAUGCAUCAAUCAACAGAGUUCUGUAGGUGACUGUCAGCAUAUUGUUAUAUCAUAUUUCUUGAUUUAAAACUAUGAAUUGUCUGUUUCACGGUUGAAU